ACGUUUUGCUCAUUAGACCUUUUGUUUGGUGACGUUCUCGUUGCCAUUGCCGUCGUGUUUUGCGUAAGGUCCCUGAUUGAAUGUGACGAGGGCGCCAUCUUGGCUUGUUUCUGAGUUUUCAUUACCGCUUGAACUGCUGAUGAGUUGUCUCUUCUUCUGUCCUUUUUUUUGUCAGUUUUUGCUGUCACCUGAGUUUCCCAUAGCACAAUCAGUGUACAGCCUUGCCUGAACGAUUUUUUUAAGAUGAAAAGUUACAGCUUCGCGGAGCUCCCAAACGCUGCCGUGCGUCUAACUAGGGCGGCUCAUCCCAGCGGUCCUCAUAUGUAUUCUUGAUGACGUAGACGUAGGUCCCGGCCUUUCUAGUCAAUGCAUUGAAACAACGAAACACUAGAUAGGUAAACAAAGUGAGCACAAUAAGCCUAUUUUCUUUUAGAAUUCGAAGAGGCUUAACAGUGUUUUCACUAACUAUUACAGGCAACGUUUUCAGCGCUAAACAAUGUUUUAGUUGAACCAGCUUCUGAAUCGGCAAAUUCUCGACUACUCUGGUGUUUUUGUCUUCUUUACGUGUUUCAUGACACCUUUUUAACAUUUUAUUUUAUUUAAUUAGAACGGUUUGCUGGAUAAUAAUCAUACAAUAGUCCCUAAUUUGUCUAUUUGCUUGCCUGAGCGUGCGAAUCGAACAUUUGUCGAAUAGACGGCUGAAAUUCAAACUAUUAGUUUCACAUGGUACAGAAUACAAGGAUUUUAAAUGGCUCUCAAUAUUUCAGUUCACAUUUAGUUGUACAAAGCAGCAUCGAGAGGAGUCGUUUCACCAAUCAGCACGCGCACGGUUUGCUGAAGCAUAAUUUUAUUUUUGUCUUUUCGACAAGGUAGUUUUACAAAAGCUACCCCUAUUUUGUUUUAAAAAAUGUUAAGUGGUAUUAAAUUCAUAUUUUCAUAAGCAGCAUAAGAUUGUAAACAUGGCAAAAAAAAUCUUCUUAAGAAUAAAACAAAGUCUUUUAAAGAAUGAUGUUUGUCAUGAAAAACAAUCCUUGUGUAGUAGAUCUAUUUCAACCGUUUUCCAGAACCACAUUACAGAAAGACCCAACCAGAUGUUCUAUCCCGAGAAGAGGUAGUGUAGCAAAGAGCCACAGCACCAUGGCUAAGUCGAAGAAAGCGAAAUGGCGGGGCAAAUUCGACAAACAAAACAAGCAAGACAGACCUGGGGACGAGGCCAUAGAGUCCGAAGAAACAUCGGAACAAAAUGGAGAAGCACAAGGGAAUACAUCAACAGGAACAGAAGGAGCUGAAAUGAAAGGAGGUGCAUGUGGAACAACUGCUGAUGAAAUACCAGAUGACAAUACUAAGGAAGCCAGGCGAGACCACAGAGGCCGGCUGAAAGGAAAGCAGCGCGAAUUAGGAAGAAAAGGCCGAUAUCAGAAACGAGGUCAUGGAAGAGAAGAGACUAGUCCAGAGCCUGAGGCUAAAAAGGAAGCAAACGGAGGAGGCACACGAAAGACAACAGCCGCGGAAGGUCAGUUCCCAGCGUCACAAGGUGCAGAAGGCAAAGCUCAAGAUGAAAAAUUGGACCAAGAGAAGAAGCAAGCUCGUGGAGGAGGCGGGAGAGGAGCAUCACGGGAAAGCGACAAAGGUCAAGGGUCGUCGUCGCCUGGAAAAGGAAAACCGUCAUAUGGAAACCAAGAACAACGUCCAGGAAGGCCUUUUGCAAUGAAUGCUGAUACCCAUUCACCACCACAGGACAAAACACAGCCCCCUCCUGUUCGUAGAGUUUUCCCUGCAAAAUGUGUCCUAGACCUGAAAACGUUAAAAGAGAUGAAUCCUCGUGAUGUAGUCUGCAGGUUAAAUGAAAGUAUGGCUCGCUUUAAGUUCUUUCUACGAUCACUGCAGGAGGAGCAUAACAGCGAUGAUUUCAUCUUCGACCUCACGUGUAUACUAGCAAUUGCCUGUAGUGCGCCACUGCACGAGAACACAAACACAAUUCUAGCCGCGCUUAAAGGCUCAGUAUUCUUGAGUUCAAAGAUUCCUCGUGUGCUUGAUCGUCUGGAAGUGUCAACGGUUUUGAAUGAACAAGAAUCUCAAAGAAGAUUCAUUCAAAGCUUGAUCAAAGUAUUCACGAGGUAUUUGAGGCACUUACCAAGCUCAUAUGCCGACCUGCCUUACUCUCAGUUGAAACAAUUUUUGGACCAGUCAAGUAUUGAUGAAAAAGAUGAUCUACAGAGAGAGUUAGAAGCUUUAAAACAAACCAGAGAUGACCUCAUUAUAGCUGAAAGGCAGAAGCAUGGCAAACGUUACAUCGACAAGGCUGGGCAAAAACCUCCAAACGAUUUUAGAGACAUACCGAUUUGUCCCACAAACAAAGAAAUCACAUCUCAUGCACGGCCCUUUCUACGGAAGAAUAUUUUAAAGGGAAGAUAUGAAGAUGCCGAGCACUACCUUGAUGUACAGUUUCGGUUGCUUAGAGAGGAUUUUCUUGAGCCACUCAGGGAAGGCAUCCACGAAAUUGUCCACAACGUACCAAGAAAACAGCGCAAUCAGUUAAUGAAACAGUACCAAGGAGCACGUAUUGUCGACAAAAAAUUCACGAAGUCCGGAAUCAUUUAUCAAGUACAAUUUGAUGUUUCCAGGUUCGAUACCAAAAGAUGGGCAAAUUCCAAACGACUUCUGUUUGGUUCAUUCCUUUGUCUUUCAAAUAACAACUUUGAGACAAUGCUUUUUGCAACAGUUUCCAACCGAGAUCCAGAGGAAAUGGCAGAAGGUAGGAUUGAGAUUCGAUUCAUCGAGGACCAAGAUGUAUUGGGGGUGGAAAACCGUACAUGUGAGUAUCAAGUGGUUGAGUCGCCUGCUUACUAUGAAGCUUAUCGUCAUGUCCUGAAAGGACUGAAGGAAUUGGAUGAAACUACCAUGCCAUUCAAGAAAUAUCUGGUUCAAUGCAGUGAAGAUGUCGAUCCACCCGAGUAUCUGAGGCGCGAGGAUUCUCAAGAACCAGUGUGCUAUGAUCUUAGGUUGGCAUUGGAUGUUCCAGAUGAAACGAACGCAAGUAGGGUACCUGUCCUGCAGCCCAGAGCCUGGCCCUCUGUUGAGAUCCUUCCACUUAACAGCUCCCAGUUUGAAGCGUUAAAAACAGCAGUUACAACUGAGUUUUCUGUCAUCCAGGGACCACCAGGAACAGGGAAGACGUAUGUUGGAGCCAGAAUCGUUCGAUGCUUACUUGAGAAUCGAGCAGCCUGGGACCCUGAUAAACUCUCGCCAAUGCUUAUGGUCUGUUACACAAACCACGCUCUGGAUCAGUUCUUGGAAAAAGUAUUAGAAUUUCUUCCCAAAGAGCAGAUCAUACGUGUUGGAGGAAGAUGCAAAAGUCCGCAACUGGAAAAGUGUAAUCUGAAACUAUUUACUGACGAGCACAGGAUGCAUGAAAGACGAAGAGAAAUCAGAGAUAUGAUACAAAGCAAAGUCUCAGAAUUAACUGGCUGGAAGGAUUCACUUUCCAAAGCUGAGACAAAGCUUUUGGAAUUCGACAAUUUGGAAAACCUGCUUAAUUCUGAACAUGUAGAACAACUGUACAAUGCGGUAUUUCCUCCCAACGCAGAAAACGAGUGUCGAACGCCCGGUAACACUUUCAAACUCUGGCUAUGUAACGACAAGCGAUUGGACCCCUUGAAACAGGCGAGAACAAGGCAAGGUGGACACGUUGAUCUACGCAAUGUUGAAGGCAAAGGCAGGAAUCCGCCAGCACCUACAUCUCAGGAAGAUCUCAAAAAAACCUCUGUUCACAGCACCAGACCAAACGACUUCUCAGCUCAACAAAGUAGCGAGGUGGCAGCAUCAUUGGUGUCUGAAGCCAGUUCUCACGUAAAACAUUGCCCAGUUUCUCAAACUUUAAAGCAAGUAGAUGAAAUCCAAGACAUCAAACGGAUUGAGGAACCUCAAAGCUUGAAAGACGACAGUAAUGAAGGUACCAUCGAAGUAGAAAGGGACGCUGAUUUGAUACAAUAUCAAAGAUGCAUACACGGAGAUGAAGAUUUCCUGCCAGUUAUGUCGAACCAGUCAGAUGACUUAAGUUGUCAGAAUCAAGACCAAGGAGACCAAGACGAGGUAUGGCAAGCUGUACCCUGCAAGAAGAGGCGAGGAAAAUUUCCAUGGCAACAAACAACAGAUGAGAAUUCCAAAUACGGAAUGGAAAGCGCCCCCGUUCAUAAUGAUCCAAAGGAAAAAAGUACUGAUCAAACAAAAUCUUCAAGGAAAAAGAAAAAGAAAACUUUAAAGCAAGUAGAUGAAAUCCAAGACAUCAAACGGAUUGAGGAACCUCAAAGCUUGAAAGACGACAGUAAUGAAGGUACCAUCGACGUAGAAAGGGACGCUGAUUUGAUACAAUAUCAAAGAUGCAUACACGGAGAUGAAGAUUUCCUGCCAGUUAUGUCGAAACAGUCAGAUGACUUAAGUUGUCAGAAUCAAGAUCAAGGGGACCAAGACGAGGGAUGGCAAACUGUACCCUACAAGAAGAGGCGAGGAAAAUUUCCAUGGCAGCAAACAACUGAUGAGAGUAGCAAACAACAGAUGAGACAUGAAAUGAGUACUGCUCAAACAAAAUCUUCAAAGAGCAAGAAAAACAAAAUAAAAAUAACAGCAGAUAUCAAAUCUUUGAAGCCUGAUCUGGAAGAAACAGUUGCGAUGCCCACUGAUGAAGCAAUGUGCGUUGAAAACAUUUGGCUUUUAUCACCUUUGGAUCGACGUCGGUUGUACCUUUUUUGGGUAGAGAGCUACCGUGAACGCUUCAGAGCAGAGAUUCAAAGAGGUGAACAGGAGUAUGACCAACUUUGUCAAGAACAAGAGGCAGUCAGAUUUGAAGAAGAAGAAGAGGUUAUACGUCGCGCAACUGUUGUUGGCAUGACGACCAGUGGUGCAGCGCGAUACCACUCAAUGCUUCAGAGAGUAGCCCCCAGAGUUGUUGUAAUCGAAGAAGCAGCUGAGGUUAUGGAAGCUCACAUCAUCACUUCUCUUGCACAAGAUACAAAGCAUACCAUUCUAAUCGGAGACCACAAGCAACUCCGUCCAAAAGCAACAGUGUAUGAGUUAGCCUUAAAAUACAACCUGUCGAUUUCGCUGUUCGAGAGAAUGGUAAUGAACAGUAUGGAUUGCAAACGCUUGUCCAUACAGCAUCGAAUGCGGCCAGAAAUUGCGUCACUGACUAAACGAAUCUACGAUCACGAAAUUGUUGACCACGAAACGGUGUGCGAAUUCAAAGACAUAUCUGGCCUAACUCACAAUCUGUUCUUUAUUGAUCAUUGUGAGGUCGAGGCCCACGUAGACGGUCUACAAAGUUACUCUAACCCUCACGAAGCCGACUUCUUAGUAGCCCUUUGCAAUUAUCUUUUACUUCAAGGAUAUAGCGGGAGCCAGAUUACAGUUCUAACAAUGUACAUCGGUCAGCUAUUACUUCUUCAAGAGAAGAUGCCAAGAAAAGCAUUUGAGGGUGUCAGGGUUUGUGCAGUGGAUAACUUUCAAGGUGAAGAAAACGACAUCAUUCUUCUGUCGUUGGUCAGAAGCAACUCAGACCAGCGAAUUGGUUUCUUAAACGAGUCAAACAGAAUCUGUGUUGCAUUGUCCCGAGCUCGCCAAGGAUUUUACUGCAUUGGAAACUUCAAGCAACUGAAAAGCAAGUGCAAGCUGUGGCAGGAAAUAUGUGACGAUUUAGAAACAAAGAAAGCCAUUGGAGAGACUUUAGAUCUGGUUUGCAAGAGACACAACAAAGUCACCAGUGUGAGAACGUCGCGUGAGUUUGAUAUCAAAUUUGGAGGAUGUAAGAUGCCCUGUGGAGAACGUCUUGUUUGUGGGCAUGCGUGUGAAACGCCAUGCCAUGCCUCAGACCACUUUCACGAAAAGGGCCAGUGUUCUAAAUUUUGCUUCAUGAAAUGCAGCCAAAAUGACCACCAAUGCCAGAAUAGGUGUCAUUAUCCAAGAAGCUGUCCUCCGUGCCGUCAACCUGUGUUGAAGACGGUCCCACAGUGCGGCCACGAACAGCCAGUUCCAUGCAGUAUUGACCCAGAAAAAUUCUCUUGUCCAGUAAAAUGCGAAAAAAUGCUCACAUGUGGACACAACUGUCAGGAAGCAUGCGGGAAGUUAUGUACACAACAAUGUAAAGUUGACUGUAAGAAAACUCUCCCGUGUGGACAUGAGAAAAGUUUGCCAUGUUUCAAAGAUCCUGUGCUUUACAAACGGUGUAACAGCAAGUGCAUCAAAGUUCUCGAGUGUGGCCAUCAGAUUCAAAGAGGUGAACAGGAGUAUGACCAACUUUGUCAAGAACAAGAGGCAGUCAGAUUUGAAGAAGAAGAAGAGGUUAUACGUCGCGCAACUGUUGUUGGCAUGACGACCAGUGGUGCAGCGCGAUACCACUCAAUGCUUCAGAGAGUAGCCCCCAGAGUUGUUGUAAUCGAAGAAGCAGCUGAGGUUAUGGAAGCUCACAUCAUCACUUCUCUUGCACAAGAUACAAAGCAUACCAUUCUAAUCGGAGACCACAAGCAACUCCGUCCAAAAGCAACAGUGUAUGAGUUAGCCUUAAAAUACAACCUGUCGAUUUCGCUGUUCGAGAGAAUGGUAAUGAACAGUAUGGAUUGCAAACGCUUGUCCAUACAGCAUCGAAUGCGGCCAGAAAUUGCGUCACUGACUAAACGAAUCUACGAUCACGAAAUUGUUGACCACGAAACGGUGUGCGAAUUCAAAGACAUAUCUGGCCUAACUCACAAUCUGUUCUUUAUUGAUCAUUGUGAGGUCGAGGCCCACGUAGACGGUCUACAAAGUUACUCUAACCCUCACGAAGCCGACUUCUUAGUAGCCCUUUGCAAUUAUCUUUUACUUCAAGGAUAUAGCGGGAGCCAGAUUACAGUUCUAACAAUGUACAUCGGUCAGCUAUUACUUCUUCAAGAGAAGAUGCCAAGAAAAGCAUUUGAGGGUGUCAGGGUUUGUGCAGUGGAUAACUUUCAAGGUGAAGAAAACGACAUCAUUCUUCUGUCGUUGGUCAGAAGCAACUCAGACCAGCGAAUUGGUUUCUUAAACGAGUCAAACAGAAUCUGUGUUGCAUUGUCCCGAGCUCGCCAAGGAUUUUACUGCAUUGGAAACUUCAAGCAACUGAAAAGCAAGUGCAAGCUGUGGCAGGAAAUAUGUGACGAUUUAGAAACAAAGAAAGCCAUUGGAGAGACUUUAGAUCUGGUUUGCAAGAGACACAACAAAGUCACCAGUGUGAGAACGUCGCGUGAGUUUGAUAUCAAAUUUGGAGGAUGUAAGAUGCCCUGUGGAGAACGUCUUGUUUGUGGGCAUGCGUGUGAAACGCCAUGCCAUGCCUCAGACCACUUUCACGAAAAGGGCCAGUGUUCUAAAUUUUGCUUCAUGAAAUGCAGCCAAAAUGACCACCAAUGCCAGAAUAGGUGUCAUUAUCCAAGAAGCUGUCCUCCGUGCCGUCAACCUGUGUUGAAGACGGUCCCACAGUGCGGCCACGAACAGCCAGUUCCAUGCAGUAUUGACCCAGAAAAAUUCUCUUGUCCAGUAAAAUGCGAAAAAAUGCUCACAUGUGGACACAACUGUCAGGAAGCAUGCGGGAAGUUAUGUACACAACAAUGUAAAGUUGACUGUAAGAAAACUCUCCCGUGUGGACAUGAGAAAAGUUUGCCAUGUUUCAAAGAUCCUGUGCUUUACAAACGGUGUAACAGCAAGUGCAUCAAAGUUCUCGAGUGUGGCCAUCCGUGCUCCAGAACAUGUAAACAACGCUGUGAAUGCAACACAAAAGUUGAAGUUGAACUUCCGUGCGGUCAUCGAAAACACCUUUUAUGUCCAGAGAAAGACAGGCCACCACAGUGCGCCGAAAGAUGCACGCGAGCACUGGACUGUGGACAUGAGUGCCCCGGAAUGUGUCACGAAGACUGUGCAGUGCAAAAAUGUGAAAGUGUUGUCUUCAAAUUUCUUCCAUGCGGCCAUCAGCAGAGUGUCCCUUGCCACCUUGACCCCAAAAAGGCUUUUUGUUACGCUCCAUGUCAACGACAGCUGGAUUGCGGACAUAGGUGCUCAUCUGUGUGUGGUCGUGUUUGCCACGAGGUUCGAUGUGAAGAAGUGUGUCAAAAGAGGUGUGAGCGAGGUCAUGCCUGUCAGCGACGGUGCCACUUUGGUGCGUCCUGUAAUGAUUGCACGGAAGUGGUUAACAUGACAAUUCCCGCAUGUGGACACAGCAUUGAGAUGCCUUGUCACACCGAUCCAUCUUCAAUGAAGUGUAAAAAGCCAUGUGAAAGAGUCAGGAUCUGCGGACAUCAUUGUCAAAACAUUUGCAGUAAGAAAUGUGAGGCUCGAGCUUGCAAAGAGCUCGUGAAAACAACGUUACCAUGUGGUCACGAGGCGACUAUACCCUGUCAUAAGGAUCCCGAAAAAUACAAAUGUGAAGCAAUAACAGAGGUCUGUCUAUCGUGUGGACACAAGACGCUCUCGGCCUGCCAUGUUGCAAAAGCGAACUUACAAAAAAUAUUAUGCAACGCGAAAGUUGAGAAAGAACUGCCUUGCAAGCACAAACUCACUCUUCCCUGUCACAAAAAUCCAAAAGAAUGCAAGUGCAAGAAGAAAGUCGAUGUCCAACUGUCGUGUGGCCAUAUGACGUCUCUCAUUUGCUCUUCUAUGUCGGCAGACUUACAAAAUGUUUUUUGCAAGGUUAAGGUGAAAAGAAGACUACCGUGUGACCACGAGAUAACUAUUCCAUGCUACAAAAAUCCAAUGGAAUACGUGUGUGAAGAGGAGGCUGAAAUCACCCUUUCCUGUGGACACAAGAAGCUCAUAACAUGCUCUAAAGCGAGAGAUAGGCAACAUGGUGAAAUCUGUGUCACAAAGGUGACGAAAAGAUUACCUUGUGGGCACGAAAGGAAGAUGUUGUGUUCAGACAAUCCAGGUGAAGGUGCAAUCUGUGACACAAAGGUGAUGAGAAGAUUACAUUGUGGGCACGAAAGGGAGAUGUUGUGUUCAGACAACCCCAUGGAGCACGUUUGUGAAGAGGAGGUUGAAAUCACCCUUUCCUGUGGACAUAAGAAGCUCAUAACAUGCUCUAAAGCGAGACACGGAGAAAAAGGUGAAAUCUGUGAUACAAAGGUGACGACAAUAUUAGCUUGUGGGCACGAAAGGAAGAUAUUGUGUUCAGACAAUCCAGGUGAAGUGUUUUGUGAUGCGCCCUGCGAACGACGUCUACCAUGUGAACAUCUUUGCCCUAAAAAAUGUGGCGACGACUGCGCUAGAUUCAAAUGUGCCGUCAAAGUCCAGAAGCUCUUGGCAUGUGGCUCCCAUGAAAUCAGUUGUCGUUGCUCUGAUGAUGUGUCCCAGAUGAUUUGUCCAAAUGGGUGCAAGCGAAAAUUGCCUUGCGGGCAUAAAUGCCCUGGUAAAUGCUCCGAGGAUUGUAGUCAGUUCACAUGCAAGAAAGUGGUCGUCAAACCACUCAAUUGUGCAGGAAGGCAUUCUCUCAAAAUGUCUUGUAGCGAUGAUCCCAACACUGUAGAAUGCGAGGUACGCUGCAACAAAAAGCUAGAUUGUGGUCAUCCUUGCCCGGGCCUCUGCAGCCAGAAGUGCGGACGUUUGAAGUGCAUGCGAAGAGUGGACAAAACAUUUCCUUGCGGACACAAGGAACCACUACAGUGCUUUCAAAGCAAAACAGCGACCUGCCGGAAACGUUGUCGCCGUCAAAAGAGCUCAUGCAAACAUAUCUGUAAAGGGGUCUGCGGCGAAGAUUGUUCUAAAUACCCCUGUGAUGUAGAGGUGACAAAAACCCUCUCGUGUGGUCAUAAGAUUAAAAUGCCUUGUAGUCGCCCUGUGGAAGAUGUACAAUGUCCUGCUGCAUGUGAAAAAAACUUGCCAUGUGGUCAUCAGUGCUCUGGAACUUGUGAUGAUUGCCAACAAAGCGGUUCACAUGAAUUGUGCGAACAUCCAUGUGGUCGAUUGCUUGUUUGUUCGCACCGAUGUAAAGCAACAUGUUAUGAGCCUUGCCCUCCCUGCGACAGAAAAUGCAACCGACGUUGCCCUCAUGGGCAAUGUAGAAAACGAUGUGCCCAGCCGUGUGAACCGUGCAGAAGACCGUGCACCUGGAAUUGUCCUCACUACCAGUGCAAAAAUCUCUGUGGAGAGGAGUGCGAUCGCCCUCGCUGUGAUGCUCCCUGUCCUAAAAAACUGCCUUGUCGCCACCCCUGUAUUGGCGUGUGUGGAGAAAAUUGCCCCACUGUAUGUGCCAUUUGCCAUCCUAAGAAGCUUUCUUCAAUGCUAGCGGAUGGACGUGGAAACAAAACGGAACCCACACGAUGUUUGCAACUUUUCGACUGUGGUCACAUCAUAAAGGCUGAAGAGAUGGAUAGCUGGAUGCUCCGAGAACUGGGUAACAAUGGUCAGCUAAAGCGAUGCCCAAAGUGCUCUACAUCAAUUACAUUCAGCUAUCGUUAUGGAAAUAUCAUCAAAAGGGCACUGAAAAACAUUGAAAAUGUGAAGAAAACCGUACACGAGAUCGUAUACGACGAAACCACUUCUACCAGUCUUCUUCUACCAAAACGUUACCUGCGCAAUGAUGUAACCAAGCUUAAGUUUCCGCCAAUGGUUCUACAUGUUGUACAGUCGUAUUCAAACAAAAGAAACUGGCUCGAUUGGCCACAGGCGCUUGGGCGCUUUGCCAUUUUUAUAUUCACACUAAAAAAUCACCUGUUGAUUCUACAGCAAGCGCAAAGAACAGAUGAAGUCCUAAAAAAGGCGCUUAUUGGUCUUCGAGGAAGUUCACAACAACAAGUGGAGCUGAAAGAACUGUGGAAGGACACCAAAGAUGCAAUCGAAAAGAUCAAAGUGUACCUUGAGGAACCUCAACUUGAUUUGAAAACUCUAAGUCAAGUGUAUGAACAGACAAGAAAGAUCUUCCUUUUCUCUCAAAUUUUAGAGGCCCAAAGCAAGGCUACCAUGCGUCAGAUUCCUUUGUCAAGCAAUGGCGCAACUCGACUGAGGCUGGCAUGCCAUCGCUUCAGAGUCUUUCUUAAGGGUAACGACGAUGUUCUAGAUCUCGAAUGGCUGAGAGAAACGGUCAGGUUAUUGAGAACGGAGAUGAGCCUCCCACUCCUACCGCAUGAGGGAGCAAAAGACUUCGCAAAUUUCCCAGGGUACCAAAGAGAGGUCUGGAAAUCAUGCGACCAAGGUCACGUUUAUUUCACGGGAUGGAUAGUGCGAGGUGGCGAAGACAUUCCGGUGGGAGGCGAAGGAUGCAGCAGGUGUACAACAGAGCAAUGAAAAUGGAAGAAGAACAGUUAACUGAAAGGAAAAGUGCCAUUACUUGUCAUGGCAACUAAUUCGUAUGGAGUGCUUCUGAUAAGGUGGAACGGUGAAAAGUUCUGGAAAAAUGACAAUUCACCACGUGGUAGUGUGCGAUGAAUCAAAAUUGUGAUUAAAGCAUGAAGUUAAAAGAGCAUGAAUCCACUGAAAGUUAUUGAAGAAGGCUGCUGCAGACUAGAAGCACUAACAGCAGUUCAUCUGGGGUUGAGUUUUGAAACGGCAUGACAGGACGUCACAGAUUUGAUGGACUGCUAUAAGCAACUGAUUUCUAGACGAAGAAACAAGAAGGCGUGAAGAAGGCCUUUUUAGCUCAUGAAAAUCCCUAAUGCAUAUACUAACGAAAGUAUUUGACGCAAUCUAACCGUAAGAAGAGAAACUAGGUUGGAAGGUGAAAUUGAAACGUCAACUAAGCCUGAGUAAGGUGGAAUGUUGUGCUGCAGGCUCUAGAUGAAUAAGUGAUUCUCCAGAGAUUGCACCGGCUUAACAGCAUGCCUUGUAAUGGGGAUGCUAAAAUCUCAUGCAAAAGAUGAAUAACUCAUAGCCAGGGCAGUGUCUUAAAUAAAAGGAACUGCCUUUCUCAAUGACAGUGCUCGGACUCAUUUCUAUUUAUCGUCUGGUAUCUGCAGCUGUAGCUGGAACUUUUCGACGGCGGGAGCAGUUGAAGAGAUACAUGUCCUGUUACAGAAUGUGCAAACUGCUGUUCGCAGCCCUGCAGGCAACAACUGUGUUUCGGAAGACGUCUUCAUUGCCCUUAUAACCAUUGCAAUAAUAUCUGUAGAAUGGAAUACCACAGCCCUUGCUGUAAAGUCCGUCAGCACCAGUUUGUGCAAAGGAGCAGUCUACAAUAGCUCUCAAGACGUUCAAACUCAGUAUGUUUGUAUCCAGUUAGACGGGCGCGAUUUUCGUCUGUUACUUACCCUUGAAUAUUCAGUCCCGAGUCCUUAAACACAUGGUAGAGAACUGACAAACCGAAAUGAACAGUGAAGUAAGUGAAGUUAAUUAAAAAUAGAGCAUAUCCGAGAAGGAAGGCAGUUAAUCAAUCAACAUCCGAUUCGGUAGUUCACAUUUGAUUGAUAAGAGACUAUCACCUAUAGCAACAUCAAGUAUAGAUACUUCAAAGAACAUUAUCAUAAGUGAAUCGUAAACAAACUUAGGGUAGUUUUAAGCCUGUAGUUGCAUGUUUUGAAUCGCGCGUUUAAUAUCCAGUGUAAAAAUAGGCCAAAAUGUAUUACAAAAACAGUAAUGAAUUACCAAAUGACUCAGCGCCAAGUUUUAGGUUGAUUUAGCUGGAAAUCACGUUCUUGUCAAAUCACUGUUAUUUUCAGUAUAUAAUUGAAACACUUCUUUUUACAGUGUGUACAAACCAAACAGUCCACUAGUGUUCUUCGGGUAAUUGCGUAAGAAAGAGUGAGAUUUCAUAAAUGAAGCAUUCAGUCCAACUGAUUUUUUUGGUAUUUGUUAGUAGUUGUAACAGAAGUUUUAUAAAGGAGUUUCUCAA